UUGAAGCAAGGUGCGCAAUUGUCUGAGGAUUUUUAAGGUUUUUCUUGUGAUUUUCUCGAUAUUAUAGUGAAUAUAAUUCCGCGGUAACAAAAAGCCCCAAAAUAAUUUUUACAUCAGCUUUUAGAGCAACAGUUUCUCUUUAAAUUCCCUAAAUUUCAAGGAAAUUGGAGUUUUCCCGGAUACGGAAAAUUAAUUUUCAAAAAGUGUAACAAUUUAGAAUUUUUUGGAUCGCAAAAAAAGACUAUUUUUAGACGCUUGUGUUGACAUUGAAAAAUCAUUUCAAAAAUUGCAAAUUGGACCCACGUUCUUUAUAAACAUCUUAUAAACACUUUAAAAAGAAAAGGUGAGGUUUCAUGACACGCCCAAUUGAGAAAAACGAAAUUUUUGAGAGGCUGUGGCUCACAAUUUGUUUUUGCUCACAAUUUGUCGAGUCUGCUGUCUUUAACAAAGGCCCCUAUCAAUUAGCUUUUUCAUUUAGAAAUUUCUAUAUUUCUGAAACCGAAUGGUUUAGAAAGAGAACUGAACAGAGAGAUUGUCAUUAAGAUUUCAUAAAGGUUUCAUAAAGAGAAGAUGUCGAACGAGAAAGAAACCUAGACCAUUUCAACAGUUCCUGGUCAAGGUACAACUGUUCCUCGUAAAGUACUUACAGUAAAUUUAUUAAGAGCCAACAUUCAGUUUCUUCCCGCGGUCAUGUUGCAGGCAAUUGUUAAUAAGUCUGAAGAGUUGUUGAAUCGGGAAGGUGCUAUAACACCGGCUCCUGGAAACAAUAAGCAUUUAUGGUGGAAAGCCAGACAACUACAAGACCACACUUUGUGGAAAUUAAAAAGAACAGGAAAUUGGUUUGUGAUGGGUGUCCGUCUUUUGCAUCCACAAAGUUAUGUGCGCAUGCGGUCAUGGCUAUGUUAAAUGGUUCACCAAGAAUGGUCCAAACAACAAUGACUUUAACAUUGCUAAUAACCUACAAUAGCAGUAAAGAUACUGGGAAAUAGUCAACCAAAGCAUCUACAGCAAGACGAAAAGGAGGCAGAGGCGAUAAAUCAAGUCCCGUUUCAUCCAUUGUGAACAGGCCAUUUUCUGUGUAUCCUCAGACUCCACAAGCAUCUCAGAACCCAGGAGCGCAACAAUUAUCCCAUUUGCCAUAUGAAGCACUGCAUUCCCAGUACUCAGCACCACACUCACAUACACCUGCACAACAAACGCCACAAGCCCAACAUUCAAUACCGCAUUUUACAACAUGAAGCAACGCAUCAGUCUCAGUACUCAGCACCUCCCCAACAACCUGUACCGUAUUACAUCCCGCAACCAUCAAAUGGGAUAUUUGAAGUUCAUUUACUCCAGUUUUGCCACCCAAAUGUUAAAAGUUUUGGAUGUUCUCAAGCACUGAAGCAUGGAGACGAGUGCCUGAUUCACCUCACAACAUUACAAUAGCUGUUAUCGUAAUUGAACAUGUCUAUGCUACGGAUCAGCGGUAUCUGCAUUAUUUUAACAUCGAGACGAGGCUAUAGGGUCAUGUUUUGUGUGUUUUUUACCCUUUAGCCUCGUUUUCGUCCGUACUUCCGCUGAGAUACCGCUGGUUCGCCGCAGCGGCGUACUCAAUUACGAUAACAGCUAUUGUAUCUCGAAUGCUAUGACUGUUUAACAAUAAGACAACUGGAGAAAGAAUGAAUAAAGAGGGAAAUGUUUAUUUCCAUGUCAGUUAGGCUGCAUUCGUUUCAAGCAGCCUUAUUUUCAACCCAGCAUGGUAUCUGUUGGAGAUUGGGUAGCAUCUCAGCUUAGUAUGCACCACAUUUUGCUCCUAAGGCAAUUUGGCAUGCAUAUUUAGAUGUGUGAAUAUUGUAUACAGCUUUUCAAUUAAGGUUGUCACCGACAAUAGUCAUGCAAGUGUACAAUACCAGCGCUAAAAGAAUGAUGGGGAUACUCCUUGAUUUAAAUAAGAUUAGGAUAUCAAUAGCUUUGUGAAAAUAUUUUUAGCGACAAAUCGCAAUGCAAAUCAUUUCAGAACAAUCAAAUUUUACAUAUUAACCUCAUUUGCAUUAUGAGCAGUUGCUAAAAGUAUUCCCACAAGGCUACUGAUAUGCUAAACUUAUUUAAAACUAUGAUUAUUCCCAUAAUUCUUUUAGCGCUCAUAUUGUAUGUUUGACUAUUGUCGAUGACAACUUUUAUUAAAAUAGCUGUACAUUGGUCAUUCCGGAUCACUGAUCUGAAACUAACUGGAAAAUGCAUCAUUUUGAAUUGAAUGCUCGAGCUAAUUUUGAAACAGAAUAUUUAUAAGCUGAGAUUUUCAAACCUAUCAAAUUCUCUACAAUUCAAAUUGUUAGAUAUCUAAAUAAGCUUUCCUAUCAUGCAAGCAAAUGUCUUGAGUGAUAUGUAGCUGGAAAGAUCAAGCUUCCCACAUCUCUUCUAAAAAGUUUUAAAACGUUGUGGAAAGUAGAUAACGAGACUUCAGGCGGCCAUAUUGGUGUGACCUAAUUUGUUAUUCACAGGCAAAUUUAAGCGAAGGAGAGGCAAAUGGCAACCAAUUUUUUUAUCUAGCGAUUACGUUUCCCAAUAAUAAUCAGAAAUUGUGAGAAAAUCUCCUAACAUGUCUGCAAUACCGUUCUACAUUAAGGGUAAUUACACCAAUAUGGCUGCCAUUACCUUCAGUUAUGCAUGCCAGAUGUGUUAUAUAGUUAGUUUUCAGAUCAGUGUUCCGGAUGGGGAAAACAUUUAUAUUAAUGGAAAAGCAGCUAUAAGGAACCAUAAUCAUGAUUUUUGUUCUGAAAUUGACAUUUGAAUAAUUGGGGUUUUAAUAUGUAUUUAUGCAGUUUAUAGUUAAAGUUGUUAAGAUUCAUCAUAUUUAAUCGUAGUAUUGACAUUGAACCUUGUCGUAGCCAGCAAACAAGCUAAGAUGAGAAAAUCGUGUUUUCUAUAUCGUAUAUAGCUUUAAAAUUAUACGUUUUCUAUGUUAUAUCUACGUUUUGUCCAAACUGAGAAAAAAACGAGAGUAUAACGUCAAGACAAAUCGGAAGCCGUCUGUUUUAAGUUAAAACAGGAUAAAUGACUUUAAAAUUUCAAUAUACAAAGUGGCCAUUGUCCUGUACUUCACAAGAGCAAUUCUUCAUUAGAAAACUUCAUUAGAAUUCAUCUUAAUUAAGACUCGGCAUUUGGGAGUUAUAUGCAUGUCCCUGAUAUAGAAAAUUCCGGUUUUAAAAUUGUCCUUUUUAAGCAGAAGUACAGAUAAAACUAAUGUAACCUAGCAUUUGUAAACUGCCUGUAAAUGUCUGCUUUCAUAUAUACUUGGAAACUAAGUGUUUGUGAUUUUAAUACCAAAUCAUAUAUAUUAAUGGCAUUCAAAAACUCAUUAAUAAUUCAUGAGGAAAACACAAAGAGAAAUCAUAAGCGUGGCGUGUCUUUAUAUCUGAUAAAACACGCUUCAAAUUUCAACUUGUAUUUUCUCAGCUAAUACAAAGUUAUUUUGGAAAAUUAUUUCGCCAAUGCCGUGAUCUAACUGAGACGUUUUUGAAGCUGUUUAAUAAACUCGUAGUUCGUGUUUUAUCACAUAUAAAACACUCUGCUACGCGUCGUGUUUUAUAUGUGAUAAAACACUCCUACUCGUUUAUUAAACAGUACUUUAACAUCGGCAAGACAGGUCUAUACCGGAAUUGUGUCACAGUAAUGAGUAUUUCUCUCAACUUUAGUAUUGUUUACAUUAAUAAUUUAAUCGGCAAGCGUGAUUGAGAAUGAGUGCGCCUCAAUUACAUCCUACAAAACAGUUGGACCUUUGUUUAUAUACGACAUUGCCAAGUAAGUUAGUAAACCUUAUGCGCAAAUGAAAUUGUAUUAUUUUUUGUUUGUCUGCAGUUUUCUAUUAUAAAUAUUUUGUAUCCAACUCUAUUUUGAAGCCCAAGCCGGUUAUUUGCUUGAAAAAGCUGUGCUUUGGUGUGGAUAUACAGUUGAACCUCUGUUAAGCGGCCAUUAAACAGCCACAUAUCGAAGUCCCGAAAUUUUUGUAAUACAAAUACUAUAAACUAUCCCUCUAUUAAACGGCCACCUCUACUGAGCGCCCAAAGAGCGGUCCCAAAUGAUGUUUUAUGUCAAUUUUUACCUCUACUAAGUGGCCAGCCUGUAGGAUUUUUAGGUUUAGAUAUAGGUAAUAUGAGAACCAUAUUGGUGUCCUAGUAAUAAAUGUAUGUCACAAUAGUCCCAAAUGUUUGUUCAAAAGGUUUAGUGUGAAAUAUGAUUGUGUGAUGGAUUCGUGUUUUUGGCACAAUGUAUGCCUGUGAAAAAUGUUAUACUAGAUGAAAAUGAGAAUUAAUGAUAAAAUCACUAUUGUAUUCUGUGAUUCAUAAUUAAAAAUAGACAUUUGACUACGCCCAGGGUCUAUUAUUUGCGUACCUCUAUUUAGCGACCACAAAGCUGAUCCCUGAGGGUGGCCGCUUAAUAGAGGUUCGACUGUACUGGCAAUUUUUCCAACUGGUUAUGGCGAGUUGUUGAUUUGAUGCUUUUCGCUAAAAGAGUGUUAGAAGAACAUCCAACUCAGGGCCUUAAUGUCCAACUCAGGGCGUUUGUUUUAAAUUAAAGUGACUUCGUAUUUGAUUGAAGUGGUUAUUUGUAUAAUUUUAUGAAGAUCUUACUAUUAGAAAUGAAGAUGCUGCUAUUAAUAAAACAGUUGCUGCUAUUAAAACAGUCGGUGCUGGGACUGCUAACAAUGACUGCGAUGUGGAUAUACUUGAUGAUUCGCUUCAUAAUUUAUCUCUGGAAGGUAAGGUUUUGUUUAGUUUAUCACGUUUUAUCCUUUUAUGUUAUUACAAAGAUUAUUUCAUCAUCAUUUUUGUUGUUAAGUUAGUUUGAGGGUUUUCAAAUAUAACGUAUAGUGUAUACUGUUAAUAUUUUUUCCUAUUUCUUUUGUCUGAAGUUCAGUAGCGUAAGGCCCUUUAGUCAUGGUAUUUUUCGGACAUUUUGAAAAUGUGUUAGACUUCACUGGCAACAAAUUUUGAAAAUCCAUAGAAGGUCAUAAAAUGGAAAUUGUAUGGACCUUUAUUGGAAAUAGCAUGGAUUUUGAUUAUCCAUAAUAAUUGUAUAUUUCCAUACUAUGGAUAUAUAGUUUCAAAAUAGUAUGGAUAAACUAUGGAUUUAGUAGUGCAAUUGUAAAUUUCAUAUAUGGAUUUCACAUUUUUCCCCCAGUGCUUUUUAUAGUAAUUACAGCACUUUUUAAACUGCCAAGUCUUCCAUGACAGUAAACAACAAAAUUUUUAGCAUUUCAACAUCAAAUGCUAUAGAAUAUGGGCCAUCAACACUUAACAUUAACUAUGGGCAGUUUGUUUGGUCAACCCAUUGAGUGGCAGCACUCCCACUUGACGAGUAAAAUCGUCUGGUGUUAGACAGAGUAAGAUACUAAAGUAGGGCACAUCAGUGUGCAUUGACACUUAAAGGGUUAAACCCCAUCUAGACCCUCUAGUUUUUUUCCCAUUUAGAGCCAACAGAUUUUGAGCUGUUCACCAGCAGCACUCCAGUUAAAGGCAGAACAUCAGAGUUAAGUCCAAGUGAGUUUGAUCCACCUGCAAAAAGACUCCAUGGUGAAGGAUGCAAGAAAAGGCAAGAUAUUUUGCAAUCACAAUUAAAGGACGAGUUUGUAGAAAGCCCAGGAAAAAGAACAGAAAGGUCAGACGUUAUGAGCUUUUUAGAAACUGACAGCAAAAUUAAGUCUCGCAACAAAAACUGUCAAGUCUGCCUUUCCCAGUGCGACUUAUAACAGAAAGCAACAGUAUAGGAAUAUAAGAAAAUCAAUCUCAUUUGUUGUUGGUAGUGAUCUAAUGAUGAGUCAGAUCGGCAAAGUGAGCAAAAAAAAUGAAAUUUACAAUUUGCAACAAAAUGUUUUAACUCACAAACAGAAAACCAAAUUAAUUAUGGAUGACAUUUUGUCAAAUUCAUCAGUCAGUGAUAAUGUUUAUCUGAGUACUCUUGUGAACAUGUACAACCAAGAAAUGGAAAGCAUUUCAAAAAUCACAGAUAGCAUUGAUGCUAUCUAUGAGUGAGAGUUAAAACUGUUGCUGCAAAGGGAAACUGAUAAGAAGAUAUCUGCUUCUGAAAGAUCCACUAUUAGUCUUGGAAUAUGACAGGUUGUCUACUCUUGUAAACCUUGGUAUUCGAAGCGGAGUGAAUUCACCAGAAGAACAAGUUACUGGAGAUACAUUCAGAAACUUUAAACUUUAUUUUGUCAGAGAAUGUCCGAUGUUAACAGAAAUUGUCGAGUGUCUAUUCCUGUCUAUCAGAUUCUGAAGAUCCCGAUAAAAUAUGUCGAGUGCAAGUCGAUUGGAUGAGAUGGAUUUCUAAUGAAUUAAAAAGAGAGCUUCCAUUCAACGUAAAUAAUAAAGACAGAGAAAUAAAGAAGCGCAUUGCAGAGAGGCGAUUCUUACGGAAAAGAAAAGGGAUAAGAUAGGCAAAAGUCAAACAGAAUGUCCCCAUAUAGGACAUAUGAUCAUAUGUGCUGGUGUUGUAAAAGCCAAACCGUUGUUCAUCAAAAACCUUGUACAGCACUUCACAGAUAUGCUCAAACUCUAAGUAAUAACUUAAACUUGCUUGAAAAUACACUAAUAUUAAUACUUGUACAUCUUUUAUAGAUCCAAUUAAAGGAAGCAGAGAAAGGGAUUCUUAAGGCGGAAUUGCACUCUGAUUUUUCGAGCGAAAAAAAUUCACGAGAAAAAGAUUUAGAGGGAAAAUUUUCUUUGUUGAAUUUCCACUUGUUUUACUGUUCUGAUUUUUUCGUGAAAUGUCCAGAGGGGCAGGGACGGAUAUGAAAGGACAAAAAAAGCACAGUUAAAACAUGGCCGCUCUAAACAAGAGACAGCUUCUUCUCUUGCUACUUUUGCGAAGGAGAAAACAACAAAGAAAAUACAGAAAAAGAUGCUGGAUACGAAAGAUAUUUGCAGAAAGGAAACAUAAGGGAGAAUUUCAUUGCUUAGUCCAAGAAAUGAAGCUGUUUGAUCAUGAAUUAUUCUUCAAACAUUUUCGAAUGUUGCUGGAAGAAUUAUUACAGUGGGUAGCACCAAAAUUAACAAAGUCUGCGGUUAAAACGAGAUCGAAUCGGCCCAGGAACAAAAAUAACUCCGAGGGUGAUACCUCUACCGUUUUGUUUUGUAGGAACAAAAAUAACUUUGAGGGCGAUACCUCUGUUAAGGGUUAUGCAAUAGUUCCAUACAUUCAAGGUGUCACAGAACCACUCAAGAGAAUCUUAAGUGAUUGUAAUAUUAAGGUUGCCUUAAAACCGUAUUUGACUUUAGGCCAUAUAUGCGAAAAGCCAAAAGAUCCUGUCAAAACAAAUCAGAAAACUCAUGCUGUAUAUUCUAUACCAUGCGGAGGAAUAUAUGUAUCUCAUUGGCAGGUGACGUCAUCUCUUGGGUAUUUAAGAAGCCACGAUUGCAAUUUUAGAUCACCCCUGAUGAAGACACUAGACUGGAGUGUCAAAACGUUGGGUCUUGAUUACAAUUCGACUGGGCUUUGUAAUCAUUUAUUUAAACCAGAGUAGUGAGCGAAACAUGAUUGAUAUACCUGGUUGCAGUGAACGAACAAACUUUAAAAGAGAGACUAUGUGUUACUUUAAGAUAUGCCGUAACUGGAGAUUCACAAGUAACCAUUUCUGGAAGCUACUGGAUUAGUCAAGCAAAAGUUGGUCGUAUUAUCAAAGAAACUUCUGAUGCUAUUUGGGAUACACUGGUCGAGAAAGGUUUUUUAUCUGCUCCUAUGCAAAAAGAUCAGUGGAAAAAAGUAACAUGUGAUUUCGAAGAAAAGUGGAAUUUUCCCCCAUUGUAUAGGAGCAAUCGACGGGAAGCAUGUGGUUAUACAAACUCCAGCAAAUAGUGGGUCAAUGUUUUUCAAUUACAAAAAAUCAUUUAGCAUUUUUGAAAAAGUAUCGGAACCUGGGAACCCAGUUCCCAGAAAUUUUUUCGAGUUGGGAGUUUCGCAGAAAAUUUUCCAGAAAAUAUAUCAACAUUUGAGAUAACUCUGUUUACUCAACUUACAAGUUACAACUAUUCUACUUUAUUUACACUGUACAAUCUACUACAGUGUACACACUCACAUCAGCAGCCUUUUAAAUAUUUGACAGAAAUUAAUUAUUUGACAGAAAUUAAUUAUAUUACCCAAUACCCACCCCUGCCAUCACAGUGCCAAUGAGGUAAAAUGGUAAAUAUAUGCUCUGCAAAGUCUCCAAUAUAAUGCAAAUUAAAUAGUAAACAAAUAAAAUAUGCAAUGAAAUAAGCUUCAAGUCCCAGUGCUAUUAUUAUAUUGCUAUAAUACUAGUAUAAAAAUAAUAAAUUAAUUUAAUACAGUACAUUAAAUUUAUGUAGAAUAAAUUAAUUUAAUACAGACACUUUAUACUGUGAUGUAUUUCAUACUUUAAAUUAAUAAUAUACCAUACGACAUAAUAUGCGACAAUGCAGAAUCUGAACUUCAGGCGGCCAUUUUGAAAUUCAAAUUUCAAACUUUAUGCUUCCGACAUGAAGUAUUACCACACAGACUGGCUGCUGACUUUUUGAAAACUCAGCAGCCAGUCUGUGUGGUAAUACUUCAUGUCAGAAGCACAAAGUUUGAAAUUUGAAUUUCAAAAUGGCCGCCUGAAAUUUAAAAUUUUGACUGUAUAAAUUAAAGCACAUGCCAUUGAACUAAAAAUAACUGCCAAUUACAUAAUACAUAUUCUGAAUCUAUUUUCUGGUAAAUGUCAAAAACGACUUUUCGAAGUGAAAGUGUAGAGACAAAGUGUCGUGUUUGUUGUAAAACAUUACUACAAAAGAAUUACAAAGAUCAUAUAAAAGCAAAACACCCACAGGAGGAUCAUACAAAUACGACUCCUUUUGGACAGAGAAAAGCUUUCCACUUCCUUUUUCAAGAAAGUAGAAACAAGUAAAAAACGUUGCAGUGGCAGUGAUUUGCAAGAGUCCUCAGAUAUUCUUCCAAAAAGAAUACACAUUGAUGAAGGUGAAGCAUGUAAUUCUAUCCCAGUCGAUCAGGAAUUUCAGACUCCUUAUUCAACCAAAGAAAUUGAAUACGAAGGUGUUGAUCGGGACACAGGAGGGAUUAGUGAGAAAACCAAAUUAGACAUGAUUCUAGAAAAGUUAUCAAAUAUCCCUGCUAGCACAAAUGAUAACAUUGUAUUGACAAAACUUGAUAAAAUACAGGGUCAACUAAUGGAGUUGCAAAGCCAAAAUGAAACAAAAGUGGAGAAAGCAAAUAAACAGCCAAAUAAAAGCUUGUUCUCUGCUGCAAAUGAUACAUCUGCCGACUACAUGGCGGGUAUUAAAACAAUUAACACGAUCAGGUCACUUAAAGAACUCAUUGAUCUUGGUUUCACGUAUGAUGGUAACACUUCAGAGCUAGCGUGUGUUGUAUGCCGUCAAAGCUGCAAUUCAAACAAUGCGAACUCAGGUACAGAAAAGGCAACAGGCCCAGCAGCAGAUGGUGUAUUUACAUAUCCAUAUGAUUUAGACCAAAAAGAUGAUCACAAAUAUCUUCCAAGAACAUUCAUUAAUUUAAAGAAAUGUGUCAAACGUCAUCUCAUUGACUCUAUCAGUCAUCAGAAAAACGUGAAAGCUGAACAAGAAAGAAAGGCGAAACAAAGUUUGUUGGAAAAAAGAACGAGAAUGCUGGGAUGAAUUUGGGAAGAUUAUGCAUGAAACUUUACUUGAAAGGGCGCCCCUAUACCGACUACGAGGAUGAUGUUCUUGUGCAGAAGACGAACGGGGGAGCUGUUGGAGAGCUAAAUCAUUCACACAAGUUUCCAGCAGCAUUCAGACCUUUUGUCAGCAAGGCAAUACUGCAAAGAGUUAGUGGAUUCAUUGGCAGAAAGCUUCCUCAGACCGGACAUCUUCCAGCUGUAAACAUCACCGCAGAUAAGGCUACAUAUAAGCACAAUACCAGGCAGUUUUUGUCUUGUGUUACAGUGAUGCCUGAUGCAGAAGAACUGCUACAGGUGAUUAGUUUCGGUCAACCUAUUGUCAAAGGUCACACAGGCAUUGAGUUAGCUGUGAAUAUCAAAAAGCAGAUGGACCAAUUCAACAUAAAAUCAUUGCAGAUUGAAGGAGGGUCGUUCGAUGGUCAGUAUUUUCAUCUUGGUGUUCAGAAAGCCUUAGAAUCACCAACAAUCAUGAUCUACCGCCAAAUACUGUUUUCUGGGCUUGGGAUGCCCUGCACAAAAGUGGUCUUAUGGAUACCCACCUGUGUAAGGAAGAGAGAUUCCAAUGGCUAGUCGAUGAUACGGAUGUGUGCUCCCAGCUUUUUAGAAUGUUUAAUUGGGGACAGAAUCAUGAAAAGUUAUUAGAAGCGUCGGUGCUUUGGAAGCUCCACUUGAAAGAGUUAGUAAAGUUUUCAGAAACAAGGUUUGCCAACAGUCGUCGCCAGGUGUACAUUAAUAUCCACCAUGACUUACCUGCUAUUAUAACAUGUCUAGAAGAAAAAAAUUAUACUUUCUCAUCAAAAUCCAUCUGAUGGGAAAUUGAGAGAAAAGACAAGUGAAGCAAAGGAGUUGAAAGGGAAAUUGUUGAAUGUGCGAUUCCUGUUAACCCUGGCCGGUUGUGCUGAUAUUUAUGAUCAAUAUGGGAAGAUAGUGAAUGUAACACAAAUUGUUAAUCUUCUACCGCAUGAAUGCCUUGAGCUUUUCACGAAAGAGGUCAAUGUGCUACAAGCGAUGGUAAAGUGCCUUACCGACCACAAGAAUUGUGGGAAAUUUGUUGAUGAAAAGGCCAAAGUAAAGUGCCUUUUCCCGAUUUUUCAUUAUGACAAAGAGUCCCUGAGCAGCAAAGGUGAGAAUCGAAAUGUUCCUGUUCUAGACCAAAAUGCUGUUGUUGCUGCAGAUUUACUAAGCCAGACACGUAACAUGAGGAGGCAAGCAACAAUUUUGCAAAGUGUAAAUGCAGAGAAACAAGUUGAGGAGAGAUUGUCAAUGCUCGUUUCAACAUUGUAUUCGGUCUGAAAGACAAAGUGUUUGAUGAACAAGCAGUCACUACAAUUGGCCACACCAAAACAGUACUGAAUUUACCAGACAUUGCAUGUAGAUUGAAGGGGCCAAACGGAGGACACAUCAAGAUCGUGGUUACUCAGGGUCCUGUUUUUGUGAAUGCUAUCCGUGCAGUCCCUGUUCGAUCUCUCAACGUUGUGUCCGAUGACGAUUUAAAGAGGCAGUACAGAGAAUUCUUGAAACUAUUGGAGAAAUUAACGCAGCAAUACCCUAUUUUGAGCAGCUACGUGAAAUAGAUCCAAAGGACAUCCUAAAGCAGUUUUUCGAUCCAGAGAGUGGUCUCUUUGUUGAUAUUGAAAUGGUCAUGCAAGCUAUUAGCGUGUGCUGUGUGAAGAUAUCUUGCGAGUCGGUAUUGGAAUCUCUUGUGUCGGUUUUCGAGAACCAUUUUGAUCCCAACAGGAAUAUGAAGGAGGAAAGCACAACAGAGGAAUUCAUGAUCACUGUCAAUGGACCUAGUCUUGGUCAUGCUGACGCAGUUAUCAGAGAAGCAAUGAAUUGUGCCCAAAAAAGUGGUGGAAGUACUUCAUGGCAAUUUUUUAGAACAACAGUUUUGGAGCAGUUAAGGGAACACAGUGGUGGCUCUAAAGUUCUGGACAGAAUGCUGAAGGGGCACAGCAAAUUUCCUUUCAUGGAUACGUAA